AUGACCCUCCCAGCGACAUUCACUCUCAACAAUGGUAUGACAUCGCCCGCUGUCGGCGUGGGCACUUUCCAAGGCGAAAGCGGCAAUUCCAAAGUCAAGGAUGCUGUGAAGCUGGCCCUGAAACUCGGCUACAAGCACCUCGAUGGCGCGUGCGCUUAUGGGAAUGAAAGGGGGAUUGGCGAAGCGAUCAAGGAGAGCGGUAUCCCGCGGGAAGAGCUCUUCGUUACAUCCAAGUUAGCACAAACGUGGCAUGACCCAAGAGACGUGGAAAGCGCGCUCGACGUCCCCUUGCAGGAUCUCCAGCUUGACUUCUCUUUAUCGAGGCUGACAAGCGAAGUUCCACAUGCCUACAAGGCGGGUGAGAACACCACGACUAUCCGCCAUCCCAGUGGCAACGGAAAGCCGGUAAUUGAACAUGACCGGUCCAGACGAUAUCCCGAGACAUGGCAGGCCAUGGAAAAACUGGUUGACUCGGGCAAAGCACGGUCCAUAGGCAUCGCGAACCUCAGUGUGCUCAAGAGCAAGCGCAUUCUCGAGGUCGCUCGUAUCAUUAGAGCGGUAAACCAGGUCGAAAUCUACCCGUACACCUUGUUAGAUACUUUCCGCCAGCAUGAGCGCUUGGAAGUCUCCUCCAAGCAUGGGAAUCUCCCCAUGGCCCAUCGGCCCCUCGGAGGACGGCCGAUAGCCGCAGUUCGUGGUCAUGCGGACAAGCCCUUCCCAACGGAUGAUGCUGUGAUUGUCGAUAUUGCCGCCAAAUAUCAGGUGACUCCGGGACAAGUUUGCCUCACCUGGGCCGUGCAGCGCGGGAUACCGGUGAUUCCCAAAUCCACACAGGAAGAACACCCGAAGCAGAAUCUGCAACUCAGACGGUUGCCGGAUGAUCUCUUUAAGGCUGUCAACACCUUGGCGACCAGACUUGGCCCGUUGCGAUUUCUUGAUCCAAGGCGGCAUAUUGGAUUCGACAUCUUCGACGAGGAGGCCUCUGCUCAAAUCCCUUUGCAAAACGCAUACUAG